AGCUAAGCUCAAACAGCCCCCACCCCAUCCUUUUAUAUUUUUCUCUGAAUUCUGGAAUCUUCUUCUUCUUCUUCUUCUCCAUCUCUUUCAUUCAAUGGCAGAUCAACUAACCGAUGAUCAGAUCUCUGAGUUUAAGGAGGCUUUCAGCCUAUUCGACAAGGAUGGAGAUGGUUGCAUUACAACUAAGGAGCUUGGGACUGUGAUGAGGUCGUUGGGACAGAACCCCACUGAAGCUGAGCUCCAGGACAUGAUAAAUGAAGUGGAUGCUGAUGGUAAUGGAACCAUCGACUUCCCAGAGUUCUUGAACCUCAUGGCCAGGAAGAUGAAGGAUACAGACUCGGAGGAGGAGCUGAAGGAGGCAUUCAGAGUGUUUGACAAGGACCAGAAUGGGUUCAUCUCUGCUGCUGAGCUCCGUCAUGUGAUGACAAACCUUGGCGAGAAGCUUACUGAUGAAGAAGUUGAUGAAAUGAUCAGGGAGGCCGAUGUCGAUGGUGAUGGACAAAUUAACUAUGAUGAGUUUGUGAAGGUCAUGAUGGCCAAGUGAUUUCCUCUUCUGAAGUUUGCCUUUUUUAAAUAUGUGAAAAAAGACCAAACAUUCAUCAAACUGGGCCAGCUUAGGAUAAUGGUUUCUUUUUAACAGUUUUAUCCGGAUAGGUUGUACCUUGGAUGAAUGUAAUGCUCUAUUGUUCGGUGGUUGAAUCACUUUGUUUCUCUUAUUUGGUUGUCUUUGAUGUCUUCUCUAGUCUUGUACCUUAGCUGGUAAGUGCCCUGUGUUUUGGGGUCUUAUUGAACUAAGUCUAUGGUGACUGUAACUUUUUAUUUAUUUAUUGAUGAACGCAGUUCUAAUAGCUUCUUGUACCUUGCAUUUGUGAAAUAGAUGCAAACUUUUUG